AUGGCCAAAGCUAAGAAGACCGGUGACACCAUCUCCAGCCGUUUGGCUCUCGUCAUGAAGAGUGGAAAGGUCACGAUGGGCCAAAAGUCCACCCUCAAGUCCCUGCGAUCUGGCAAGGCCAAGCUGAUCUUGAUCGCUGGUAACUGCCCUCCUCUUCGCAAGUCCGAGCUUGAGUACUACGCCAUGCUUGCCAAGACCCCUGUCCACCACUUCAGCGGCAACAACAUUGAGCUUGGAACUGCUUGCGGUAAACUUUUCCGCUGCUCUACCAUGGCCGUUCUCGACCAGGGUGACUCCGACAUCCUCGCCCAGGAGGCUUAA